AUGGCUGUCUUCGUAGAUCUUGAAGACGACGACGUUGAGCCGCUCGAGCAGGGCCACAACCUGGCCAGACCUGUGUGGACCGGAAAUGCGCCGCCAGACUGCUCGGUCGGUCACGGGCACGAGGAGCACAACGCCGCUCCCCUCGGCCCGGACGAUCGCGAGGAGGCGACUCACGAGCCCGCUGUCGCAGAGGCACACCUGAUGACAGUGGCUUUGGGAUGCUAUCCUAUUGUCAUGGCCGUGGCUGCUCAGCUUGACCUCAACGACCUCGACAGCCUGUCGCGCACUUGUCGAGGCGUUCACGACUCCCUCCUGCAGUACCGCUCCAUCCUCCUCAAAUCGACCCUUCACUGCACCAACGAGGACCUGCCUGUCGAUCCCGAGUCCACUCUGCGAUACCGCGCCAGGGCUGGCAACUGGUACUACAUGGAGGACACGUCGAGGAGCAGCUAUUACAACGGCAAGGCCGGGAGCUGUGCCCGGGACAUGGUCUCCAAGUGUCGCAAAUGCAGCACCGUCAUGUGCAGGAAUUGUGCGAUCAAACCACCAGCCCCUGCCGUUAUGCGCGACAGACAUCGCAGGCUCUGUCUCUCCUGCCAGAAGGCACCCAUCGGCUGCCUCGUGAAGCCACCGCUAAGUUCCGACAUCCCAGCCGCCUCCGGCCUGGUGCAACGUGCCAUAUGUACAUGCGAGACAGCCGGGGUGUGGCUAUGCCAGCCCUGCGGCCGUGGAAUCAGGGGCGCCGACUCCGAAUAUCGCGGGAUCUGGAAAUGGCGGUCCCAGUACGGAGAGGUCCUUGGUGGACUCGGCACCGGUAUCGGGGGCAACAAGUACAUUGAGCACGAGACUGACUGCGACGCCGCAGACGCCCGCGAAGCAGAGGAUCUCCUAGCUCAGGGCCAAUCCGCUGGCACAUCACCAACCACGCUGAGCCUCUACAGUGGAGCACACUCAUGGGGCAGUAGCCAUAGCAACCUGAGCCUCCAUAGCAAUUCUUCUACGCCGGGCCUUCUGGACCCAACCGCGGCAAACACGCGGACGCCGUCGCCGGCCUUGGGGCCUGGGUAUGCUAGGCACGAGGUAGAAGGCAUCGGGAAUAAGAUCAAAUCUGUCAAGAUAACCAUGGUAAGAGUUGGUGGGGGCGUGCCUGAGUGGGAGGAUGAAAAGGCCUCAGGCCAGAGCUUGCGUCGCGAGGCUACGGGUCACGCCCGGAGCUGGUGUGGUUGGUGUUCAAGGGUCAUUCCCAGCAAGAAGGAUUAUCAAGUGGACGAGAAGAACCAGGCUUCCAAAAACUAG